AUGGGUCGGAGGAGAAGGACAAGGUUGACGCCAGCCCCGUCCUCCAGGAUGCUGUCCGUGAAUUUGUGGGAUGUUGUGAAGAGGCUCCCAGCCCAUUGGUGGAUGGGGGAAGAUUUCAUAGAGAGGAUUAAUGCUGAUGAUGUUUUGAAGAAGUUUAUGACACAGGGAUUUAUCAAUCUGGUCAUCAGGAAGCGUAAAGUGGUCGGCUUCAAAGUGAAUCCUCUGGUGCAUCUCAUGGUGGUCAUCCUUGCACAAAGGGAGGGAUUCUUCAGUUUCGGUUCCUCGGGGACUCCCAUGGCUGACUUCUCAUGGUCUCACAGAGCAUGUCUUGUGAGAACUGACAUACGAGAUUCACGAAGGGAGUUAAUGCACAAGAGAAACUCAUAUCAGGAAAAACUGAGAACCAUAUUCGAUGUGAACGACCCGUCCCCUGAUUUCCCCCCAAUGUGGUUCUCUAAGCUGAAGUUUUUCAGUCUUCAAGGUAUCAGUGGCAUUACGGAGCUGCCCAAUUCCGUAUGCGGGCUCAAAUCUCUGAGGAUUUUGGAUCUCAGGGACUGCACCCACUUGCAGCUCAGGCACCUCGAGGUUCUUAAGGGCUUUAUUGUCGGGGCCUCGGAAACUGCAGGUUCGUGCACUCUGGCAGAUUUGAGAACAGUGAAGAAGCUUCGGAAACUAAGCAUUAGUAUAUACGGGGGAAGGGAAUUCCCCAGCUCAGACGAGGUGCACGCUCUAGGAGGUUUUGAACUGCUUCAGAAACUAUCAAUAGAAUGGAGAGGGAGGCUAGAGCUAACCAAUCAAGAUAAUAAGCUGAGCAAGUCCUCAGAAAAGCCGAGCAAAGAGGGGCACACCAAGACAUGGUGCCGGCGGGACCGAAGCAGAAAAGGCCCGCACAAGGAGCAAGAACUUUUGUUGUUAGCAGUGGCUGGGGAGGCUCAUCUACUCAAACCAUGGUACUUCAAGAUCAUGCCGCACAUAAUAACUUAG